AUCCACUUUGCAUUUGACCUAAUGUAUAAUAUAAACAGCUGCACAUCUGCAGUCUCUGUCCAAAAGAGAGGAACAGGGAAGAGACAAGGAUGGAAACAGUUCUUCUGAUCAUCAUCGCCCUUUCAGGGCUGAGCGCUGUCUCCUCACAUGCUGAACGUCAGUACCAUUUUGUUUCUGAAGCAAAGACCAUGUCUGAAGCACAGAGAUACUGCAGAGAGAAACACACAGACCUGGCCACUGUAGACAGCAUGGAGGUUGUGAAGCUCCUGAACAACAUGGCAGGCCAAUACAACCAAUCAGCCUGGAUAGGGCUGCACGAUGACCGGGACACCUGGAAGUGGUCGAUGUCAGACCCAAGCUUCUACGGACCGGGGGAGAUCGAGUUCAGACCAUGGAGGCACCAUGCAGGGGAACCAAGCAACGGGCACGAUGAACAAUGCACAUUUCUUCAUCGUGAUGGAACAUGGAUUGAUUAUGAUUGUAAUACCAGCUACAGGUCGGUCUGCUUUGAUGUCACAGGGCCGAAUGCAACAUUUGUCCCCAUUGAGAGCUACAUGACAUGGACUGAUGCCCAGAGCUACUGCAGAGAACACCACACAGACCUGGCCAGUGUGAGAAACCCAGCAGAGAACCAGCAGAUUGUUGAGCUGUUACCUGCAGUGGAUUAUCAUUUUUGGAUCGGCCUUUACAGAGACUCCUGGAAGUGGUCCGAUGGAAGCAACUCCUCCUUCAAGUACUGGAAAGUAAAUGAACCUAACUACAGUGCUUCAAAGGUUUGUGUGGCUGCAGCUUUCGACAACUCUGGAAAAUGGGAGGACUUGGACUGUGGAGUGGAGAAACCAUUCAUCUGCUACGGACCUGCUGUGCCUGUUUCAAUGCAAGUGAUAAAGGUGAGGGUGAAGAAACCAAACGGUGUGGAUCUGAACGAUCAAGCUUUUCUGGAUGCGAUGUUGGUGGAGGCGAAAAAGAACCUAAGAGCCCAGGGAUUGGACGACAACGUCCAAGUGGCCUGGAGGAAGCAGCCGGAUGGACAAGUCUUCCACGAGGAGGAGGAGAAGAAGAGGGAUGAGCUCUAAAGCUGAAUUGCUGUGUGUGAUUUUUAUCAGAGAAAAGUGCAUUUCUUUCCUCAAAGUCCUCGUGUUACAGAAUUCAGCUGCAACAAUGAUCUGAAUAAUCUAUCAGUAGUGAGAUAAGAUAAGGGUUGUAAUGUUUUCUAUAUGGUUUUGAAGUUAAUAUGUUUGGGGUGUUAACUGUUCAUGUAUCUGCUUGACCUGCGAAAAACUGGAUUUAUUUUCCGAUUUUGUGACUUUUUAUAUGUUUCUUUCAGAUAAAAUAUAAUGAGACAUUUUAAAAUAAUAUUAUAUUUAAUAGAGGGCAAUUCCAGGAAAUCUUAUUACCAAUUAACAUGAUGACCUCUAAUGCAUCUUUACAGUCAUUUCAUACAACAAUUUAAUUCUUCAUUUGAAACUUAUAUUUCAUCCUAAAAAUGUGUUGUGCAAUUACUCACUGUUAUUAAUAUCUUCAAUUGAGUUAAACAUUGUGUUUAUUGCUCCUUUUCUUUAGGGAUGCAAACUUUAAGAUAUGUUCCUAAAAUUGGUGAAUCAGCUUCCAGAAUAUGAAGAUGUAAUGUUUUCUCUGUGCUAUGUGGUCAUAAACUGAAUCUCUUCGGGUUUUAAUUCCCUCUGGCUGUGGGAUAUAUAACAGGCAUUUUACUCUUUUGUGUGACAUUUGAUAGAUUAGAUGUUAUUAGAUUAUAAAUUAAGAUAUUAAAUAAAAUUGAUUACCUUUAACGUUCAAACAAAUUAAAUAUCAGUUUUCGUUGCAUGUAUGUAAUGUGAGGAUAUCUUCAAAUAAUUGAAAUAGAAAAUAAUUAAUUGUACUAUUUUCAUCCUUAUUAAGGAUAUAAACUUGAAGCAAAUGUCCUUAAAUUAUCUAUAACCGUUUUACGUUAC